CUUUAACUCGGACUUCACGGGGGCAUUUUUCUCGCGCAUGCUCUUUAAAAGCAGCCGGUUUUCGACCCCGGUACUACACCGAUACAGAGUUAGUGGCUGGUCCUCCUGUAGCCUCCGGUAGCGAUGGUACCCUUCUCUUUGCUUCGGACCACUCGGCCUCUGCAGAGAUGUGGUCAGCUGGUCUGCAUGGCUGCCCGGGCCCAGCACAGCAAGGUGGCCCAGACACAGGCUGGGGAAGCAGCUGGAAGCUGGACGGGCCAGGAGAGUUUAUCAGACAGUGACCCUGAGAUGUGGGAGCUUCUGCAGAGGGAGAAGGACAGACAGUGUCGUGGUCUGGAACUCAUUGCUUCAGAGAACUUCUGCAGCCGAGCUGCGUUGGAGGCCCUGGGGUCCUGUCUCAACAACAAGUACUCGGAGGGUUACCCUGGCAAGAGAUAUUAUGGGGGAGCAGAAGUCGUGGACGAGAUCGAGCUGCUCUGUCAGCGCCGGGCCUUGGAAGCCUUUGACCUGGAUCCCGCACAAUGGGGAGUCAAUGUGCAACCUUACUCAGGGUCUCCAGCCAAUCUGGCUGCCUACACCGCCCUCCUGCAGCCUCAUGAUCGAAUCAUGGGGUUGGACCUGCCCGACGGGGGCCAUCUCACCCACGGCUAUAUGUCUGACGUCAAGCGGAUCUCCGCCACUUCCAUCUUUUUCGAGUCUAUGCCGUAUAAACUCAAUCCCCAAACUGGCCUCAUCGACUACGACCAGCUGGCGCUGACUGCUCGGCUUUUUCGACCACGGCUCAUCAUAGCUGGCACAAGUGCCUAUGCCCGUCUCAUUGACUAUGCACGCAUGAGAGAGGUCUGUGAUGAGGUCAGGGCACACCUGCUGGCAGACAUGGCCCAUAUCAGUGGCCUGGUGGCCGCCAAGGUGAUCCCCUCACCUUUCAAGUACGCGGACGUUGUCACCACCACCACUCACAAGACGCUUCGAGGGGCCAGGUCAGGACUCAUCUUUUACCGGAAGGGAGUGCGGACCGUAGACCCCAAGACUGGCCAGGAGAUCCCUUAUACUUUUGAGGAUCGAAUCAACUUUGCUGUGUUCCCAUCUCUGCAGGGGGGGCCCCACAACCAUGCCAUUGCUGCCGUAGCCGUGGCCCUCAAGCAGGCCUGCACCCCUAUGUUCCGGGAGUACUCCUUACAAGUGUUGAGGAACGCCCAGGCCAUGGCCGACGCCUUGCUCAAGCGAGGAUACUCACUGGUGUCUGGUGGUACUGACACCCACCUGGUGCUGGUGGACCUGCGACCCAAAGGCCUGGAUGGAGCAAGAGCAGAGCGUGUACUGGAGCUUGUGUCCAUCACAGCCAACAAGAACACCUGUCCCGGAGACCGGAGUGCCAUCACUCCAGGAGGCUUGAGGCUUGGAGCCCCAGCAUUGACUUCCCGACAGUUCCGUGAGGAUGACUUCCGGAGAGUUGUUGAUUUUAUCGAUGAAGGCGUCAACAUCGGCUUAGAGGUGAAGCACAAGACUGCCAAGCUCCAGGAUUUCAAAUCCUUCCUGCUCAAGGACCCAGAAACAAGUCAGCGUUUGGCCAACCUCCGGCAACAGGUGGAACAGUUUGCCAGGGGCUUCCCGAUGCCUGGAUUUGAUGAACGCUGAGGACACCUGGCAGGCAAAGCCCACAGACCGGAAGUUACCUUUCUUUCUGCCUCCCUGGACCACAGAAGAGAUGUCACUCAUCUUUUCGGGUUUUAGUGGAGAGGGGGAGGCCUUCCACUUAGGGCAAGAGCGAGGUAUAAACUCCCCUCCAGAAUUUGUAGCUGAGAUUUCUGAUUUGUAACCAUGUCUACAAGAAGCACCCAACACACACAUCCGGCUUGUUUUUGAGACGGGUUCUCACUUAGCUGAGACUGGCCUUGAACUGACCCUCCUGCCUCCGUUUCCCAAGUACUGGGGUUAUAGGUAUGCACCAUGACACCCAACUUCAUCCUCCGCUUUCCGCCCUGACCCCCCACCACAUCUCAGUGUUACAGACUCCUGCUCUUUCUUGGGGAAGGGGAGUCAAGAGCUGAGCCAGAGGAAGGGGUGGGUAAGCACCCUCCUUCCUGUUUUUAUCUAAUAAAAUGCUAACCUGCCCAGAGUUCCUAUUACUGUGGGAGGGGUCCCCUGGGCCAGCCAGUGAUUCCACUCCCUCAACAUGUAUUUCUUCUUCCCUCCCACCACCACAAGGACCCCCGGGGCUGUAGCCUCCUCUCUGAUCAGAGCCGACACCAGACGUGAUUAGCAGGCGCAGCAAAUUCAAUUUGUUAAAUGAAA